AAUGUACAUAACACACAGUUCUAGCCUUUUCACAAUCCUAAACAUAUAAAAUACCUAUAACAAUAAUUACUACUAUGCAAGUCAGUUACAUGGACAUACACGAAGAACUUUACACCUGAACUUAAAUAUCUUCUCUAAAAGUAAACUAAUAUUAGUAUUUCUAAAUUCCCAGUGAAAUUCAUAUUGAGUCUCAUACAUUUUACAGCAUAGGAAAUAUAGACAAUAUUCUAUAAUAACUUAAAAUGGGAUAUAAUCUACAAAAAUAUUGAGUCUCUGUGCUAUACAACUAGAACUGAUACUGCAAAUCACUUAUCUUCUAUUAAAAAAAUAGAAAAAAGAAAUUCAUAUCGAAUCUUGUUUUAAAAUAUUAUGAAUUUCAUGUUUUUGGCAUUCUAAGUUAAAAGUAGUCCAAUGCUUACAGUUUACUUAUUAUGCAAAUUCUAAAUUUAAAAUGCCUUAUAAAAACAAGGUAAAUUUCAACCCCCCUCAUAUUAUUUCACUAUGUUUCCUGGAUUUGAACUUCAAGGGAGUUGAAGACUUUUCUAAAGAUGUUCUGAAGUCCAGUGUACUCUUUUUAUUUUCUUUUUUUCUAGCUAUUAAGGUGUUUAUUUUCUUUGAUAAUAAAACACCAUUCAGUAUUCCAUGAAGAUAUGCAUUUACUUUUGUUUCAAAUGAUUUUUCUCAGCCCCAGCUGAUUUUUUAUCUUUUUUUUUGGCUGCACCAUGCAGUUUGCAGAAUCUUAGUUCCUCAACCAGGGAUUGAACCCAGGGCCUGGGCAGUGAAAGGAUGGAGUCCUAACCACUGGACCAACAGGAAAUUCUCAUCCAGCUGAUUUUUUAAAAUAACCUGUCUCCAAAAAGAAUUUUAAAAGUGCUUUUUGUGAUGUAGUUUUUUUCAAGUUUGAUUUAAAUUCCACAUUGGAUUUUUUUGCUUUGUUUUGUGAGGGAGGGAGGGUUGAUGAAAAAUUCUAGGUGCUUCUCUGAAGGGUUUUUUUUUAAUAGCUUAGGAAUUUAGGGGUACAGCAAAUCACCACCAAAUAACAGAAUAUAUGCCAAUUUUCCAUUUUGGCUUUGCCUUUCUGCAUAGUGAGUACUUUGGCUUAUUUUGGAAAUCAGUAAACCAUAAAUUUCAGUUCACUUGAUCUCCAAUUUGGGUGCAAUAGGAGGUGAUUUGAUAUUUUUAAGUGAUGGUUUAAUUUCUCCAACAAUAAGGGCAACAUGGGAUAAAGAGUAAGUUGCAUUUGUGUGACUGUGGAUUUUAAUACUUGAUUUAAUUAAACAAUUUUCUGUGCCUUCAAGUCCUCUACUGAAAACUAGGUACAGUGCGGAUGAAUUACUUAGUUUUACUCUGUGUAAAGAAAUGGUUAAAAAGAAAUAGUCAAACAGUAAGAAAUUACAAACAUGUUUAACACAAAUCAGAAGAUAAAAUGUAGGAACCAUAUGCUAUAUUCAUCUGUUUUCCUUCCAGAGUGGCUCACAGUAUACAACUGUAGCAAAAUCAAUAAAUGUUGAGUUGAUGAUAUUACCUCAAUAUUCAGCAUUCCUACCUCAACAGCCUUCUAACAGUAUGAAAUAAGUAAAUAUCUUUAUAAUGAUUUCUAAGAGAUGGUCUAAAUUCUUUAGUUGUACUGAAAUGUCAUGUCAAAUAUUGCUUUUAAUAAGUAAACCACUGGCUGGAGUUUGGAAAUCUUUUUUCUACACAAAGCCUUUGUUGUACCUCCCCCCACCCUAACACACACCUUUUGUAGGGUAUUUUUUUGUAACAGGAUUUGACCUGUAACUAUUAUUGAGAAUUUUCUUAGAGGAGUUCAAAGCAUUUUACAGGGAUCAUCUCAUUUAUCCUUCGAAAGUAAGGCAGAGGCAUUAUCUCCACUACAGACUGAGAACACUAAAAGGCCAAGAUAGGUGGGGUUUUUUGUUGUUGUUUUGCUAAGAUCAAAAAGCAAUUCUAGGGCAAAGCCAGAUUCCGGUCUGACCUUGUUACAUGAUGCUUCUGCAGUGACAUAAUGCAAUGUCCUUCCUCUCCUAGGUCUCUCCUUAUGCUACAUGUUGAAUAAUUUCCAGAGUUGAUUUUUCAUUCACUCUUGCUCCUGAAAAUGGAUCUUAAGAUGUAAAAACAAAAUAAACCCCUAAAAUGUUUACUAUUAGGGUUUGGGGCACAGGAUACUUAGGGAUAGGUAUCUUCCUCCCCCACCUGCAAAUCUCACUGCCUCCCCCAGUGCUGUUCAAUCGAAAAAACGUGGGCCGCAAAUUCAAGUCACAUGUAUAACUCUAACCUUUCUAAUAGUUACAAAAGUAUAUUUAGGCCAAUGUAUCAAAAAUCUUAUCACUUCAACAUGUACUUAAUAGAAAACUAUUAAUAUGAUAGUUCACAUUCUUUAUCUUGCAUAAAUCUUCAAAAUCCGGUGGGUUUUCACACUUACAGCACACCUCAAUUUGGACUAGUCACAUUUUCAAUGCCCCUAAGCCAUGUGUGACUCGAGGGGACAGUAUGGGACAGCAUGGGGCUUCGGUAGACUUUUCUUAGCUCUCCCUUCAAAAUGGUACCCUCGUGAAUGGAAUGAAUGGUGUGGGGAAGGGCUCCUGGAUGACCCUGGAGAAUCCACUUGCACUUGGGUGGCGACUAAUAGCUUUACCAUUUUCUUAUCCAUGACCAGGGAGUGGAUGCAGGAUCUAGAGGACUGCAAUCUUCCAAAAUGUCAAAAAUACCAUCUCAUUGCUAGAACUGAGGUAUAUACCCCAUGUGAGAUCCCGGCCUAAGGAACCUGCCAACUUCUGGGGGUGCAGUUCGUGAGGCCCUGGUAUAUGGCCUGUGGAAAGCAGGCAUCAGACGAGGUAGAAGAGGGGUAUGAGACGGGGAAGGCCACCCAAGUGGGUGCUUCUUGAGGGCAGGACCUCAAACUAGCUGCUCCUUGAAGGCAGAAGCUUCUCUGGCGGUCUUAAGCAGGCGCUUGGUGGGCCUCACGUGCUAGAUGAACGCACGCUGUGUUUCCAGCACAAGCUCCGGGCGGCCCGGGGCAUGGGAGGCGGCCGGUGUCCGGCCCCCGCCCGCACUACGAAGCCGCUCCACGGCCUCGGGUGUGAGGGGCGGGCCCAGGCCUCGGCCUGCGCCGCCUCAUGUGACCCGGUCCGGCAUGGUGUCGCCUCCUCCCGGGGCGGCGGCUGUGGCGGCGGCUCGGGCUUGCGUCCGCGUCGGGCUGGCCCCGCGGCCGCUCAUGGGUAGCCAGGGCGGCGUGGGGCCCCCCGGGAACGGUGGGCCCGGCGAGGGCGAGAGUGGGGAGACGAGGAAACUGCAGGAGGAAGGGAGAGCCGCGAGAGGAAAGCGGAGGAAGGGGAAGGGGAAAGCGGGAGCAGGGCAAGGCGGAAAAGGAAGCGGGGCGGAAGGAAAGCCGGAGCCGCCACAGGGGAAGGAGGAAACGGGACUGGGGGCCGAGGCGGGACCGAGUGCAGGCCUAGGAAAGGCAGGAGAGAGAGGCGGAAGCGUGGAGGAAGGGGCGAGAAGGCUCGUCAGAGGAGAUGAGGGGAGCGCAGGGGCGCGAAAGGAGGCCAAAGGAAGGGAUGAGGGGAAGAAGGAGGAAUGGAGGGUCAGGACUGGGAGGCGGGAGGACGCCAGGCCGGCAAGAGCACAGGGACGAGGGGGUCAGGCUUGGGGCCGCCUCGCGGGGACACGGGCGGCCAUGGCGACAGCGGCUGAGGAGAAGGCGGCGGCGGCGGCGGCCCGGGAGCCAGCCUGCCGCCCAGCCGCGGGGCCCGCACUCCUGCGCCUGCCGGAGGAGCUGCUGCUGCUCAUCUUUUCCUACCUGGACAUGCAGGCCCUCGGCCGCCUGGCUCAGGUGUGCCGCUGGCUGCGGCGCUUCACCAGCUGCGACCUGCUCUGGCGCCGGAUAGCCCGGGCCUCGCUCAACUCCGGCUUCACGCGGCUCGGCACCGACCUGAUGGCCAGUGUACCAGUAAAGGAACGAGUGAAGGUAUCUCAGAACUGGAGGUUGGGGCGCUGCCGAGAGGGGAUUCUGCUGAAGUGGAGAUGCAGUCAGAUGCCCUGGAUGCAGCUAGAGGGUGAUUCUCUGUACAUAUCCCAGGCUAAUUUCAUCUUGGCCUAUCAGUUCCGCCCAGAUGGUGCCAGCUUGAACCGGAGGCCCCUGGGAGUCUUUGCUGGACAUGAUGAGGAUGUUUGCCACUUCGUGCUGGCCAACUCGCAUAUUAUCAGUGCAGGGGGAGAUGGGAAGAUUGGUAUUCAUAAGAUUCAUAGCACCUUCACUGUCAAGUACUCGGCCCAUGAACAGGAAGUGAACUGUGUGGAUUGCAAAGGGGGCAUCAUUGUGAGUGGCUCUAGAGACAGGACAGCCAAGGUAUGGCCUUUGGCCUCAGGCCGGCUGGGGCAGUGCUUACACACCAUCCAGACCGAAGACCGAGUCUGGUCCAUUGCUAUCAGCCCAUUGCUCAGCUCCUUUGUGACAGGGACGGCUUGUUGUGGGCACUUCUCACCCUUAAGAAUCUGGGACCUCAACAGUGGUCGUGUAUGGAAGUGAGAGUUGGACUAUAAAGAAAGCUGAGCACCAAAGAAUUGAUGUUUUUGAGCUGUGGUGUUGGAGGAGACUCUGGAGAGUCCCUUGGACUGCAAAGAGAUCCAUCCUAAAGGAGACCAGUCCUGAAUAUUCAUUGGAAGGGCUGAUGCUGAAGCUGAAACUCUAAUACUUUGGCCACCUGAUGUGAAAAAGUGACUCAUUGGAAAAGACCCUGAUGCUGGGAAAGACUGAAGGCAGGAGAAGGAGACAAGAGAGGAUGAGAUGGUUGGAUGGCAUCACCGACUCAAUGGACAUGAGUUUGAGUAAAUUCCGGGAGCUGGCGAUGGACAGGGAGGCCUGGUGUGCUGCAGUCCAUGGGAUCGCAAAGAGUCGGACAUGACUGAAUGACUGAACUGAACUGAACCUCCAAGGAGCAGCAUCAGGAACCCAGUGUGUUAAGAGUGGCUGGAAAUGGUGUGGGGGGCCACCGGCAUUCUUAUAUGUGUGGGUGAGGCAGUAGAGCCUGGGUAUCUUACCUCAGGGUGGUCAGCACAGGAGGACUUUGUAUGGGCCACCAGGGAGGUGCGCAGAGGCAGGAUGAGGGAGAACACAGAGGGAGUGAAGCAGGGCACCUGGCUUCCCUGGCCUGCAGGGCCCAGCCUGGGGCAGAGGGGCUUCCAGAGCCCGCCUCCCUGUGCCCAACUCUGGCCUGGCGCUGAGGGCCUCUCCCGGACAGGGUAGCUGGUCUUCAAGGCUAGUAACCACUUCCAGUCAGCUGUCCCGACAAAGAUGGGGGUGGGGGGCGCUAUUAGUACCUUAUUUAAAUUUCCUCCUCCCUGUCAGGAAGUUCCUGUGGUCCUUCUUCCCUCCAGCUUCAGUGGAGCUGCCUGGGCAGCAGGAUAGGUAGGGCCCUCACCUGAGCCCUGCCACCUCAAAGUCUGGGAUCCAGCCACGCUCUGCUGUUUUCCCUGCCCAGGUACUCCGGGGCUCCUCUGGGAAGCUGCACACAGCCCAGCCUGGGGAACAGGUCUCUUUCAGGCAGCCCUCCCCGGCCUGUGUCUCAUUCAUCAGGCUCACAGGGGCGGCCCCAUCUGUCUUUAUCUUUCCCUGGGUUGAGAGAGAAUUGCUGGAGUCAGGCUAGGGGGAGGCUGGGUGGAGGCCCCCCAGCCCUCAGUGGCUCCUGGCAGCCCUGGCUUUGUGCGCAGGAGCGGGAAGGGAAGGGACUUUUUGUCUGGCGUCUAUAGUGCAGACCUGGCCCUUGCUCCUGUCUUGGCCUGAGGCUCUAAGCGGCAGCCCCUUUCCCACACAAGUUGUGCGACAGCCAAGGCUCUGCACCCCUCCCUCACACCCCCCACAGUGAGAGGCCGAGAGGCAUUCUUAACAUUCUUUCCAGAGAAAAGGGGUGAAACGUCUGAAUUUGGGGGUCACCACGUUAUACAAAUUGCAAUCUAAUCGUUUUUACAAGAACACACUUGCAGUAAGAAAAGGAGCCCGGGAGGAGGGGCCCAGGAGACAGACAGCUUGUUUUGUCCCCCUUCCCCCCAAAGUUUGGGGCUAUUGUGGUGCUCAUCUUGCUCCCUCCACCACAGCGGUUGAGCUAGAGUUUUCUAGUUAAAUUGGUCCUGUGGUGGGGGCCACGAAGGGCCCACGGUGCCAUUUCUGUUUGUUUUCCCAAAUCAAAGCCCCAGCAGGGCUUCUAUGGCACCGCUGAGCUGCUAUUUGAAGAGACAGGGCCAUUUCCCAGAGCCUGGUGUGUCAGUUUAUGCGCUGAACUUAACCUCACGGGUACUGCACAACAGAGCCUGGAGGGUCCCAGGCCCAGAGGCAAAAGAAACUGUAUCUUUUUAUUGGCCCAUUUAAAGUGUGUGUGGCCAUUUCAGGGAGUCAGAGAACUAGUGUGGCAGAGACUCCUCAGGCCCUGACCAGGCCAGGCCGGCAGACAAGGGCUUUUGGGCCUUGUCCUGGUCCCCGGGGGCUGGUGCUCGCUCAGCCUUCGGGUCUCCACUCUAGUACUCUUGCCUGGAGAAUCCCAGGGACGGAGGAGCUUGGUGGGAUGCCGUCUACGGGGUCACACAGAGUUGGACACGACUGAAGUGACUUAGCAGCAGCAGAGGGUAGGGUUGUGUUUCUUAUUGCACAGGCUGACAAGACAUUUCCAGUGGUGCCUGAGAUGCCACCCUGCCCGGGCAGGGCCCAGGUUGGCAACUCGGCAUGGGUGUGGUCAUUCUGCUGCCGACCUUCUGUCCACGGGUGCCUGUCUCUCCUUCAUUCCGAACCCUGGGACCAGGGGUGGGCAGGUAGAGCCACGCUGGGCUUCACGCCCCUCAACCUCCACUGCCUUUCAUCUUCUAUUUCAAACAGACAAACAUGAAAUUACUUCUAUAGAUUAAAGGGGAGAGCUCCUCAGUCAUUCCUGAAGGCCUCACUAAUGGAGGGGGCAGGGCCCCCAAAUCUGGGAGGGAGAACUGUGGAGCAAAACAGCCCGGACCCAGUGGACAACAGAGACAGAAAGAAUAUGACCCCAGCCCCUCUGACCUGCCCAGGAGUGGCGAAUCAUGGCUGGUGGGCCUGCUUGGGCACUAAGGUCAGUGAUCUCUAAGAGAUGCUGACGUGGGGAGAAGGCUUUCUAUCUGAGCCCUCAGCACACAGAAAGGAGAGCACUUCCCUGGGAAGGAAGCUGGGGGCAGAAGUGCCAACUUAGGGCCUACCCCCACCCUGCCCUGACUGGACAGCAAUAGUGCAGCUUGCUGGGGGUCCCCUUACCACUCAGUGCUCACAGGGAAAGGCAGAGUUGGGCAGAAAAGAACCUGCGGUCGCCUCCUUUCCUCCUUCAGGGAAGGUAGUGGCUCCACUGAGAAGGGAGGUUGAGGUCUGUGAGGAGGAAGGACCGGAGUAAAGGCCCACAUUCACGCACGUGGCUCGUGGCCACUUUGGUGCAACCUGGUUGGCCAAGGCUAGGCUGGUGAGACCACAAAGUCUUCCCCACCCCAUGCCAGGGCCUCUUACCUGGGUGUCCCUGUGUAGUGUCCACGGCCCAGGUUUUUCCUGUUACACCAUGCAGGAGAGCCCAGCAUGUCCUGAGUGAAGCUGAGGGGUUGGGCCUGGAGCAUGCCCCCUUCUUCAUUCCCCUCAUUCUGAAGAAACUCACCGCUUCUACCCAUCCCAUAGCCACAGGGAUUAGCGGGUAUACUUGAUGUUGAGGGGUAGUUGCUAGGGCCAGGAGGCCCCCCUAGGUGGUUGCUAGGGGUCUGGCAUCAGGGCAAGGGGUCUGCCCACUGCCGCGGUCACGGAGGGAAUUACACAGUCACAAAGAAAUUGUUCUUCUUGGUAAUCUGCUCUCGGCCACCGGGAGGGGCGGGGUGGGGGGGGCAGGCUGGAGCCCAGCAGGCUGGGGGCUGUGAUCACAGAGGCGUGCUAGCCCCAGGCCGGGGGCCAGCCGGGCCAGGAACACCAGGGACCAGCCUGCUAAGCUGCUUUCUCAGCGAUUUCUCUCCCCAGACACAAAGGUGUUUGCUUGUUUUAACAUCUCCUGGGACUCCCCUUCUCCCUCUGUGUGGUCUUUAUCCCCAAUGAGGUUUGAGCCCCAGAUUACAGGCAGGAAUUAAGGCAUUGGACUCAGGCAGCUCAGAACUGCAUGACCUGCAGGAUCAAGGCGUAUAAAGUAACCAAAUGUGUGUGUGUGUGAGGGGGGCCGACCCCUUCGGCAAGGCCCAUUCAUCGUUCCGAGGAGGAGUGGCUGGGUGGCGGGUAGCCAGCAUGCAGGUGUGAUGGAGAGGCUGGUGGCUGACUGAGGCCUCGGCUGGGGGGAGGGGCAGGGGCUGGGAACAGGGGAGAGGGCUGGAAGUCCAGAGCAUCUCCUCCUUUGGCCCCCUUCCUACGAGGGUCUUAAUUCUGCCUCAGGAAGGAGCCCAGGGACUGAUGCCACUUGAAGGUUAAAAGCAUGUGUGUGGGCCAAGGCAGGACAACCUCUCAUCCCCUGCCCCGCCUCUCU